AUUCUGUUCCUACGUGUUCAAUUUACAGAGAAAUUUGUCACUCGCGCGAUUCACAUUCACGUUCACACGCCUGCCGACUCGUUUCCGUGCUGUCGUCGUGGAAGUCUCUUGGUGCGUGUGUGCGUUUUGCGGAAAAUCGGUUUCCCGUUUUCGGUCUAUCCGGUUUACCACAUCCCGGUUGGGGCAUUUUUUGUGUGACGUCGUGCCGUCGUUUGUGUCCAGGCCAUUUUUUUUUCGGUUUCCCAUUUUUUCCGUUGUUACACAGCCCAGGCCACGGAGUGCGUGCCCCUCGGGUCCGGUUUGUGCGUGAGUGAGUGUGUGUGUGUGUGUCUGUGCGCGUGUAUGUUCUUCUCGCAUCCGUUCCAUUCUGGUGCCGUGUAGUGUGACGUUGGCGUCCGGGGUCCGUGUCCUCCCCAUCCGAUACACACUUUGGCUAGGCUUGGCCGUUUCUGGACAGCCGGGAUUGUGAGCCAUUGCCCAAGAGCGUGAAGGUGGUAGUGGUGCCAACUUUGAAAGGAUAAUCUUGCCAGCAGCAGUAGCAGCAGCCGCCGGUUACAACGCAUCCCGAAUGCUGGGAUUUUUCACCGAGUGACCAGUUCUAAUCUAGCAUCGGUUUUGGGCGCUAGUGACAGCAAGGAAGCUAAAAAGAGCUUCAUUUGACUGAUUCGAGAGAGGCACUAUCGGAGUAACGUUUUCGGUUGGAGAUCGUGUUGAUCGUGCGCCACUAACACACUUGUGCCGGUGAUACAGGAUAACGCAGAUUGGCAACACUCUUUCAUCGCCGAACGCCCGCGUACAGCAAAUCAUGCAAAAAUGGAUCUGACUACAUUGUCGUUCAUCGUAAUUGUGCUGUUCUUUUCCCUUCUGUCGAUGCUGUUUAUCAGCCGCUUUCUGCCCAAGGGUAAAUCGUUUGAGGAGAUGCUAAAGGAAAAGCGUGAAAUGCGCGAAAAGAUACUUGGUUUAACGUCGCCGGCAUCGUCCGGACCACCGACCAAGUCCAGCAAGGAGUCGGCCAACAAGCGGACGAAGAAAACGCAUUCCGGUGGCAAUGCGAACCAGAACCAGAAGAACCGUGGUGCGAAACAGCAGCAACAGCAGCACCAGCGGGUCGAGGUGGUAGAACCGGAAAGUGAUGGCCAUUCAUCCGAGAGUCCGCUCGAGGAGGAGAUCAAUCCGCUGACGUACGGUGCUAAAAAGCGCGUCAUACAGACGACAAAUCUGACGGUGGAGUACGCAGAAACUGAAGCAUUUCCGCUGAGUGAAAAUGCCGGUGGCAAUAAGAAAAAAGAUAACAAACAACAAGGUGGUAAGAAAAACAAGCAAAAGACAACUGGAGGCAUUCUGGUGAACAAAUCAGAGCCGGUUCUCGUGAAGUCGGUAGAAACCGUGCCUGAGAUUAAUCACUUUGCGGAAAUACACCCGAAAGAUGCAUUGGAAAUUGCUCGUCAGCAGAAACACGAGGAAGAUACCAAGGUUGGAAAGGCGCAGACACCAAAGGAGCAGCGUCAGCAAAAUAAGAACAAGAAGGACCAUCAAUCGAAACUCUCCCCCAAGAACAAUGCUCCGUCUAAUGUUACCGAGCCGCAGCAUCAACAGCAGCAGGCGCAUCAUCAGCAACAUCAUCAUCAUUCCGCAAAUGCUGCACACGUUGCUGAAGCGAAAAAGCAGACAAACGCUGAUAACAAAUCUGGCGCCGGUUCGGCCCACAAGGACAAGUCGAACAAGAGGAAGAAAAAUGAACUGAUCACGCAAGAGCUGGCGGUGGAGAUGGCCGACGCUGCGAACGUGCACUCGCUGGUGAACAUCCUCAACAAGGCGGAUCUGCCACGGAACGAUAUCCAGAUACUGAUCGACUUCCUGCUGAACAAGCAGCAGGAUACGCUGGCGAAGGAUCCGUCCGAAUGGAACGAUCCUUCAGAUCCGCUGCAGAAGCUGAAGAAGCAGCUGCAGGAAAAGGAGACGGCACUGCUCGAGGAGCAGAAGGCGGCAGCUGGGCUGCACGCCAAGCUGAAGGAACUUCGCCAGGAGCUGAACGGUGAGAAGAUGCAGGCCGGAGCUGUGCUCAAGGUGUACGGGGAGGAGUUGAACAAUAAGAAGCAGGAGGUUCACAAUUUGACGCAGGAGCUGAACUCGAUCAAGGACAAGCAGGCAAAUGAUAAGCAGGCGAUGUCGAUACAGUUCCAGCAGCUGCAGGCAAAAUAUAUUCAACUGUCCAAGGAGCACGCCUCGAUGCAGGAUCAUGGCGCAACGAUUGCGCAGCUGAACAACGAUCUGCAGCUACUGCAGCAGGAGCUGAUGGCCAAGAGCCAGCUGCUGAAUGAAAAGCUACAGUCCGAGGAGGAAAUGAUGAAGAAAAAGACUGAGUUCGAAAUUUUAUUACACAACAAUGAGGAGCUCAUGAGACAGCGUGUACAGGAGUUAACUGCCUACGAGAACGAUUUACGCCAGCUGCGGCUGGAGCUAAGCCAGAAGGAUGAGCUGAGCCAGACCUGCCAACAGCAGAGCUACGAAAUUGACCAGCUAAAGGCUGAACUACAGGCGAAACAAAAACAGGCAGUGGCGGCUGCCUCGGCCGCUGCAGCUGCGGCACACGCCACCAACCAGGCGGACGAAAGCAACCGCGUCGAAAUCCGCAACCUCCAGAAUGCCUUAGACUCUACCAAAUCGAAGCUCGAGGUCUAUCGGAACGAGCUGGUCGAGUGCAAGAGCCUGAUGACGGACUACAAACAGCAGACGAACGAGCUGAAGGCGAAGGAGGAACAGUUGCAGAAGCAGCUCGAAGAGCAACGACAAAAGAAUGAUAAUUUGCGAACGAAAAACUGGAAGUUGGUGGAGGCAUUGCAAGAUGCCGAACGCCGACGAGGACAGACGCCAGCAACGCCAGCCAAUGCGGGUACGGAGAAUGUUGAGCAGCAACAGAAGCUGAUCAACAGUAGUGCGGAAAAGGUGGACGUCGGUAAGGUGGUGCUGGAGGAGCAAAACCGGAUGAAGGAUCUGCUGGUGCAGCUGCUGCAGCCGACCGGUGUGGUGUCGGCCCUGCCCGUCGAUGCCACCGACUUCCAGAGCUGGCUCGAGGCAACGGUCGGUUGCAUCAAGGAGCAGUACGAGAGCCUGCAGCGGACGCCGCACCCCACCAACAGUACCGCAAACGACAGCAGUAGUACCAGCGGUGGCGUUAAUACAAACGCGGUGGUCACGAACAGCCACCCAGAGCAAAGCUCUGGCACUGCCAACAGCAACAGUGACAGCAGUAGGAUUAACAGUAGCAGCAAUAUAAUCGCUAAUAAUAAUCUUAAUACCAAUAACAACAGCGUUAAUAGUAGUUUACACGAAAACAGCAACGACGGUGUCGUGAUCACGAACAAGAACGGUGCGACCAGCGAUAGUGGCUCCGAGGACGAUCAGCAAGCGAUGGCGCUGCGAUACGAGCAGAUGCAGCAAACCGUAGAUCAGUAUAAGUCUAUCAUAGCCGAUACGGAAAACAUGCUGAAAAACCUAGAAGCGAAGGUGAUCGAGCAGGACAUCCACUGGCGCACGGUGGUGCAAGCGAAGGAUAAGGAACUCACCCUGCUCAAAUCUGCCGGUGCCGUUGAACAGUAGAAAACACAACAUCGUCCAACAUCGUUCCUCCACAAAACCUCUGCCAGAAUUAGUAGGACGCGAACAUUUCGUAUUUCUCUCGCAAGAUGUCAAUAGAAUGAGCAACCACAAAACACCCCUAUUUUGACGGUGCAAUCAUUUGGAGGAUGAUAACUCAUGGGAAUGGGGGCUGAAAACAGGCAUGUUGCGAGAGCGAAAGGAACAGUGAGCGGGGGAAGGUAAAAAAGCAGGAUGAUCUGUAUAUGUUUGUUUUUGCGUGCACAUCUCACCGUACGUACCACAUCGCUGUCCCCAAUCGAAUCGAAUGCCGUAAACCGAAUCAUGUAGCAUAGAGCAACGUAAAAAAACCACACCCCCACACACACAUCUAACAUACGCGCCCGGACUGAUCGUGAAGAAGAAUGCGCAAAGAUCGUGAUCGUACAGAAAGCGAGAAAAGAUCGAAACGGUAGACAGGAAGAAACCCCUUCGAAAAUUCAAUCAUUCAGACAGAAAUCAGUUAGAAAGUAAUAGCAGAAGGUUUUAUUUUCUAAAUGUACCUUUCCACCCGAAAAGAGAAGUGAAUUGAUCGUUCGAUGGCAAUUAAUCUGCCACCGGUUUCGACAACCACACAUACACACACCCACGUGCAACAUAGCCACCACUCAAAUAAGAAAAGAUAACACCCUGCAACAGCACACCGAAAAACAUAGGCAGAACCCGGAAGCCCUCGAUUAUACAUAUUUAUAUUUAUAUAUGCACACACACACACACUCAACACACGUGCGCACAUGAUCGUUCGUUCUGUUUUCUGAGCAAGAGUCCUUAUUUCGCUAUGCUUUCCUUCCUCUUAGAGACAAUCCAACACACACGGAAGAUGGCUCGUACUGCUUCCAGCAGCACGUUCCGUUCGUAAUCGAAUUAGACACAGACAUAUUUGGGACAACUAAUCCGUGCAGGCAAAUGUGGUCGCAAUACCGCAAAAGAAGAAGAAAAAACUAAUUUAUGUGUUUAAAAUGUGUGCUUGGUAACACCACCAAUUAGCUUAAUCUCAUGUGCAGC